GAUGUGAGCAUGUGAACGCAUGAAAGCAUGAUGUGAGCAUGUAAACGCAUGAAAGCAUGAUAUUAGCAUGUGAAUGCAUGAAAGCAUGAUGUGAGCAUGUGAAUGCAUGAAAGCAUGAUGUGAGCAUGUGAACGCAUGAAAGCAUGAUGUGAGCAUAUGAAUGCAUGAAAGCAUGAUGUGAGCAUGUGAAUGCAUGAAAGCAUGAUGUGAGCAUGUGAAUGCAUGAAAGUAUUAAUAGGUCAAAGAGACGAGUGGUUGAGAGUUGGGUGCAGGCGGGCGGGGCUUAUCGCCGUGACAACAAGAUCAAAGUCUACAUAGAGGAGUGCGGGGUCGGAGAUCAGCUUGUGUCGCAAUGUGACAGGAAAAGAGGACACAGGUGGUCGCAGGCUCCGCCCCUCAUUGAUCGCUCACUAUUACAUCAUCUCUUCUUCUUCACAUCUGCACAAAAUGGCCGCCGCUGCGCCAAGGGACAAGUAUUGAUGGAGGGAGAUGAAUCAGCGAGUGUUGGUGGUGUCAGGUUUCACGGCGUGUGGUGGCUCUUCUUGGUUCUGGGCCUGGGGACGUUGUUGCCGUGGAACUUCUUCAUGACGGCCAGCACGUACUUUGUCAGCCGCCUGAAGGUCCGGCCCAAUGAGACGGCGGCGGGGGAGGAGCCUCGCGGUGUGCUGGAGGCCCGAUUUGGCAACGUGAUGACGCUGUGCGCCAUGUUGCCGCUCCUCAUCUUCACCUGCCUCAACUCCUUCCUGCACUCACGCGUGCCUCAGCGCGUGCGUGUGGCGGGCAGCCUGCUGGUCAUCAUGGUCGUCUUCCUGCUGACCGCGCUGAUGGUCAAAGUUCCCAUGGAGCCGCCCAGCUUCUUCCUGCUCACCAUGAUCAAGAUCGUCAUCAUCAACUCGUUCGGGGCGGUGCUGCAAGGGAGUCUGUUUGGGAUGGCGGCGGCACUUCCUGCCUCCUACACCACGCCCAUCAUGAGCGGUCAGGGACUAGCCGGGACCUUCGCCGCCUUCGCCAUGAUCUGCGCCAUCGCAAGUGGUGUUGGUGUAGAAGAAGUUGCAUUUGGUUAUUUCAUCACAGCGUCCCUUGUCAUUUCUCUCUCCAUCUGCUCCUACUUCAUGCUGCCUAAACUGGAGUUCUUCCAGUUCCACGAGCAGCGGCAUGUGCGGCGUCAGCGGCAGGAAGACGAAGGCAGCGAGGAGAAGGUGGACCUGGCGAGCGAAGCUGACGCAGGAAGUGGCGAGGAAGCGACGUCCAUGGUGAAGAUCUUCCGGAAGAUCUGGGUCUUGGCGCUGUCCGUCUGCUUCACCUUCACCGUCACCAUCGGGACCUUCCCCGCCGUGGCGGCCGACACCAAGUCCUCGCUGGGCCAAGGAACCUCGUGGGAAGUGUACUUUGUGCCGGUGACCUGCUUCCUGCUCUUCAACCUGUGUGACUGGGGGGGGCGGAGCCUGACGGCGUUCUGCACGUGGCCAGGAAAGGACAGCGGGAUACUUCCUGUUCUGAUCCUGGCCCGCGUGGCCUUCGUGCCGCUCUUCAUGUUGUGCAACGUGCAGCCCCGCCUCCACCUGCCCGUCUACUUCCGGCACGACGCCUUCUUCGCCGCCUUCAUGGUGGCCUUCGCCGUCACCAAUGGUUACCUGGCCAGCCUCUGCAUGUGCUUCGGCCCCAAGAGAGUUCUUCCUCACGAAGCCGAGACGGCCGGCGCCAUCAUGGCCUUUUUCCUCUCGCUGGGGUUGGCUCUCGGCGCCGCCAUGUCCUUCCUGUUCAGAGUGCUGGUUUGAUGCCGCCUUGUAACUGCCUUGUGCAGCGCCUGCCACUGCUCAUUAAAAAUGCUUUCAUCCUCCCAGCGUAAACCUUCAGUGCUGGGUCAUGUGACACGGGUCAUGUAGAACGUGCACGUGAAACGGGUCAUGUGACUCGGGUCAUGUAGAACGUGUCAUGUGGCACGGGUCAUGUGACACAGGUCAUGUAGAACGUGUCAUGUGACACAGGUCAUGUGACACGGGCCAUCUAGAACGUCUCACGUGACAAAAGUCACGUGACACGGGUCAUGUAGAAUGUGCACAUGACACGGGUCAUGUGACUCGGGUCAUGUAGAAUGUGUCAUGUGACACAGGUCAUGUGACACAGGUCAUGUAGAACGUGUCAUGUGACACGGGCCAUGUGACUCAGGUCAUGUAAAAUGUGUCAUGUGACUCGGGUCAUGUAGAACGUGUCAUGUGACACAGGUCAUGUGAGUUGGGUCAUGUGAGUUGGGUCAUGUGACUUGGGUCAUGUAGAACGUGUCAUGUGACUCGGGUCAUGUAGAACAUGUCAUGUGACAAGGGUCACGUGACACAGGUCAUGUGACUCGGGUCAUGUAGAACGUGUCAUGUGACUCGGGUCAUGUAGAACGUGUCACGUGACACGGAUCAUGUGACUCGGGUCAUGUAGAAUGUGUCAUGUGACACGGGUCAUGUAGAACGUGUCACGUGACACGGGUCAUGUGACGGGUCAUGUAGAAUGUGACACGGGUCAUGUGACUCGGGUCAUGUAGAACGUAUCACGUGACACGGGUCAUGUGACUCGGGUCAUGUAGAACGUGUCACAUGACACAGGUCAUGUGAUUCGGGUCAUGUAGAACGUGUCACGUGACACAGGUCAUGUGACUCGGGUCAUGUAGAACGUGUCACGUGACACGGGUCAUGUGACUCGGGUCAUGUAGAACGUGUAACGUGACACUGGUCAUGUAACUCAGGUCAUGUAGAAUAUGUCAUGUGACACAGGUCAUGUAGAACGUGUCAUGUGACACGGGCCAUGUGACUCGGGUCAUGUAGAACGUGUCAUGUGACACAGGUCAUGGUGCAAGAGUCAUGUGACACAAGUUAUGUGACCAAAGUAAUUUGAAACUGGUCAUGUGACACAAGUCAUCUGACAAGGGUCAUGUGACACGAGUCAUGUGAAACAUUGCAACCCUUGAUGCUGAGUGCCAAGCAGGUGUUUAGGAUGAUUAAGAGCAUGAAUGUCCUGAAUGAGCUGAAUUGGUUGGUGUUGGAAUUGUUUACAUCGGUAAAAAAAAAAAAAAUUAAAUUAGUAACAGUUUUUUAAUUGGGAGAUGGUAUUAUGAAAUUUUGGGAAAGCCAGGAAAUGUUCAAGUUGUAAAACCAACUUGGUUUUUGUGUCCUGACUAAGAAGAAUGUCUUGACAGUGGAAAUGGGUUGAAAAAAUGAGAAAGGAGUCAUCGCACUGAAAAAGGGGAAUUUCAUGGAAAUUUGGGAACUUCGGGAAAAUCUGUAAUUUUUGGGGAAAAUGCUAUAAAAUGUGAAUGUUCUGAAUGAGUUGGUGACUGAAAAUUUUCACAUCGGUCGAGAAAUGUUGAAGUAGUAACUCUUUGUAAUUGACAAAUGGUACUACGGAGUUCCUGGAAAUACUGGAAAAACUGGAUUUUUUUCCCAUUUGUUUGUCAUGAUUAAGAAGAAUGUUCUGACGGUGGAACAGUUCAAGUGGGUUAAAAAAUGUGGGAGGAGUAGUCGCCAGAAAAAAAGAGUGAAAAAGGGGUUUGAAAAAACGGGAAUUAGAGGAAUUCCUGCAAUUUUUUGGAACUUGGAAAAAUUAUUGUUUGAAUUUCCAGAAUGCUGGAACGUUUUGAAGGUGGAAUGAUUUGAAUAGGUUGAAAAAUGUGGAAAUGGGGGAAGUUAGAAAAAUGUCCAAUUCAUUUUGAAUGGGAAAAAUGUUCGGGAAAACUGGGAAUUCUGGGAAAUCUGGGAAUUUUUGGAAUUUGUCAAUGAAAAUCCUGCGAUUCCCGAAUAGGCUGAACACUUUGAAGUUGGAAUGCUUUGAAUCGGAUGAAGAAUGUUGACGGCAGAGCGCGCCAUGAUGAUAAUAAUAAUAAUAAAUAGAUGUAUUUUGGUGUAGAAAA